AGGGUUAUGGGGUUAUGGGGUUAUUCCUGGGGAAAUGAGGAAUUUAAAGCUCCAAGUAAGAUGAUUAUGUUAUUGUCGGGGAUGUUAAUGUUAUUUGCAUAACAACAAAGGAAACAUGCCCUAAAGUAAGACCGGGUUGAGUUCAAACAAAAAUCGAACAGCAAUCGCUAAGUGUAGAACGAAAGACUGGUUGGUGAAUCUUGUUCUGUGGAGACUGAUUUGCAAGCGCAGUGCCACCGUAUUCAAGUGCUGUCAUUCACUUUCAAGCAGUUUUUUAUACUUUAAUAAGGAUUGCAUUGUUUUCUGUGUACUUAUUUUUGAUUAAGUUGUGUUAAGAUGAUGACCAGAAGGAAGUGGCUGCUGUUUGCAUUGUUGGUGGUGGGAAUUUCACAGGGAGUGACAGCUGAUUUGGAAGAGAGAAAUGACUCUCCUGAAGGCGAGACGUCGUUCCACAGUCCAAACACUGAAGAUGAAGAGGUGCCCACUGGAGCACGGAUAAUUGCGGGACAGGUGCAUUUUCCCAGAGAAGUCUCUCAGGAUUUGGAGGGGGGUGGUGAGGGCAGCUCUGAGGAACCAAGUUUGUUAGAAGUGACUGGUACUGAAGACCUGCCUACUGAGCCUGUGGAUGCUGAAGAAAAACAGAAAGCAUUGCAGAGAGUGGUUGGGGGCACAGCUGAUGGCGAGCCCUGCUUCUUUCCCUAUUUGUUCCUGGGUAAAGAGUUCACAGUGUGUACCACGGAGGGACGAGGAGAUGGCAGGCUCUGGUGUUCAACUACCUACGACUACGACAGAGACAAGAAAUGGGGAUUCUGUGAAACUGAAGAACAGGCUAAACAGAGACGCCAGGCUCAAGAGGUCGAAGACCUUUACCAGACGGCGAUAAAGAUAAUUAAUGGGACAAACAAGACCAGCCAAAAGAAAGAGGGAUACAGUAUUCUGAUGAAAGCUGCAGAGAUGGGUCACACCAAGGCAAUGGAGAAAGUGGCAUACGCUGUGUUGUUUGGAGAUUAUAUGACACAGAAUACUCAUCAGGCCAGGGAACUCUUUGAGGAGCUGCUGAUUGAGGGAUCUCCCAAAGCUCAAACGGGGCUUGGAUUCCUCUAUGCUGUCGGUCUAGGAGUUAACUCAAGUCAAGCUAAGGCAUUGGUCUAUUACACUUUUGGAGCACUUGGAGGGAACUUGAUAGCCCACAUGAUCCUGGGGUACAGGUACUGGGGUGGAAUAGGAGUCCCUCAGAGCUGUGAAUCUGCUUUGACACACUACCGGCUUGUAGCAAACCAUGUGGCGAAUGACAUCUCCCUGACGGGAGGCAGUGUGGUUCAGCGGAUACGCCUGCUGGAUGAAGUGGAGAACCCUGGCGUGGCCAGCGGAAUGCUGGAAGAGGAUCUGAUCCAGUACUACCAGUUUCUGGCUGAAAAGGGGGAUGUGCAGGCUCAGGUUGGUCUUGGACAGUUGCAUCUGCAUGGAGGUCGUGGUGUGGAACAAAACCAUGAGAGGGCCUUUGAGUACUUCAAUCAAGCAGCUAAUGCUGGAAAUACACAUGCUAUGGCAUUUUUGGGAAAGAUGUACUCUGAGGGUAGCGAUUCUUUACCUCAAAACAAUGAAACUGCAAUGCAGUACUUCAAGAGAGCAGCAGACUUGGGUAACCCUGUUGGACAGAGUGGACUGGGAAUGGCUUAUUUAUAUGGCAGGGGAGUUCCAGUGAAUUAUGACAUGGCAUUGAAGUAUUUUCAGAAAGCAGCCGAGCAGGGCUGGGUGGAUGGGCAGCUCCAACUGGGAACCAUGUACUACAAUGGUAUAGGUGUAAAGCGGGACUACAAGCAGGCACUGAAGUACUUUAACCUGGCUUCUCAGGCUGGGCAUAUCCUAGCAUUCUACAACUUAGCUCAGAUGCAUGCCACUGGCACGGGUGUGAUGAGGUCCUGCCAUACUGCCGUAGAGCUGUUUAAGAACGUGUGUGAGCGGGGCCAUUGGUCUGAAAGGAUGAUGGCAGCCUACAGCCAUUACAAAGAAGGAGAAGCUGACUUGGCUCUGGUGCAGUACCUUCUGUUGGCUGAACAAGGAUAUGAAGUGGCACAGAGUAAUGUGGCCUUCAUACUGGAUCAAGCAGGAGAAGCAAAACUGUUCAGUGAAAAUGAGACGUUCCCCAGAGCCCUCCUGCACUGGAACCGAGCAGCUGCCCAGGGAUACACGGUGGCAAGAAUCAAGUUGGGAGAUUACCAUUUCUAUGGCUAUGGUACAGAUGUGGACUAUGAGACAGCAGUUAUCCAUUACAGACUGGCUUCAGAGCAGCAACAUAACGCCCAAGCCAUGUUCAACUUGGGCUACAUGCAUGAGAAAGGGCUGGGAAUAAAGCAGGAUAUCCACCUUGCGAAGCGCUUCUAUGACAUGGCAGCUGAGGCUAGUCCAGAUGCACAGGUCCCUGUGUUUUUAGCUCUAUGCAAGCUUGGACUGGUCUACUCCCUCCAGUAUCUACAAGAAAUGAACGUUCAGGAGCUUAUAGCACAGAUUGACCUGGACCAGUUACUGGGGCCAGAGUGGGACCUGUACCUCAUGACAAUCAUUGCCUUACUCCUGGGGACCGUCAUUGCUUACAGGCAGAGACAGCACCAGGGAGUGCCCAGACCGGCAGCCCCAUAGUGGCCCCAAGGAGAGCAACGAGAGCCAGAGCAAGAAGUGGACUGCCCUUCCUCCUCACUGAUGCUCCUUUACAACGGCUUUCUGGCUAACAGACUUCUCUUAGACUGUACAGUAAUCCAGAGGCUGUCCUAGCUCUUUUUGGAGCAGCAUAAAAAGAAUCCCAACAUGAUUUGAACUCUAAUUUUGCAGAAAUUGUGCACAUAGGGUUCUGAACAUGCCUGCCCCCUCCACUUAAGACAGAUAUUCUACUUCUGAUUGUAUAGGGCUGUUAAAUGUAUUUAUAAAUGUGGAGCGGGUGGGAUUGCUUCUUCAUUUGCAACAGGUUUUUUUUUUUUUUUUUUUUUUUCAUAUGGGGGGGUCAAUCUCUCCAAUACAUUAACAGGCUUGACCUAGAAUUCAGGAACAAAGUUCACAUCCAAUUAGUGCAUCUUGUGUACAGGACUUUUCAUUUGUGUCACCCCAGUUGAUCCUUUUUGCUGACCUGUGGAAACAUUGCAUUGAAGCCUUAAGUUCUGGCUUGUUUAAUAUGUAUUUGAAAUGUGAGAUAGACAUUGGAUGUGUUCAUAGUUCAGCCAGGCACAUCUAUCAGUGGCAGGUCACUGGAGUAGACAAUUGGAACUCGUAAUUUAUUAGUGUGUUUUUUUUUUUUGUUUUGUUUUGUUUUUUUAGUAAUCUAUUCCUUCUCGCGUGCUGCCUGUGUUACCUGGCUUGUGAACAUUCCCCUUAGAGGUGUUUUGGUGGAAAUGUUACCACUAUAAUUAACAUGGUUGCAAGAGUAUAGAUGAAGUUAUAAUUUUUUUAAAAAUGCUUCCACCACUAAAUUGUGCAAAUGAGUUUAAUACAUCAUGGUUUGCUUAACAUUAAAUCACUUUCUUCUCGGAAAAUGCUGUUCCAAAUUCUUUCAUCUACUGGUAACCCACGUUUAUUGAAAAGAUCAGUCUCAAGUAAUAGUUUAUAAGGAAAGAAAACCUAAACUUCACGACUGUGCCAAGUAACACUAAAUAAAAGAUGUUUGCUCUCCACCCUGUUCCUCACAAAACUAUGAAAUAAAAUCAAAAAACAAAC